AUGACUCGAGAUUACAAAGGAAAAGUAUAAAGAGCAAGAUUCAACGGUGGAUCUUUCAGAGCUAGAGAGGAUUCUAAGAGAAAUGAUUACUAUAGAAAAGGUGGAUAUAGAGGAAACUAACCUAAAAAAACUCUAAAUCUGAGUAAAAAUUCCACUGGCAAUUUUAGAGGCAAAACUCUUGGUAAAUAUAGACAGAGAACUCAUAAAUAUAAUCAGAGGUACAAAAGCGAUAGAACUUUUGGUGGAGAGAGAAGAAUUCACUCUGAUAAUAACUUUAAAAGACCUUUUAGAAAAUCUAAGGCAAUACAGAAGAGAAAUAAGCAAAGCUAUGGCUCCAGAGCUUUGAAUAGAAAUAGGAUAAGUUCUGGUAAGACAAAUUAGUUCAGCAAAAAAAGCUAACUUAAAAAGGGUAAGACCUUGUCUUUCAAAAAGAAGGGCAGAGUAGGAAAGAAAAUAUUAGGAGUUAGAAAAGAUAAGCAUAUGACAAAUUCAUAGCUCGACAAAGAUCUUGAAAAAUACUGGAUUAAAAAUAAUGACAAAGAUAAUGGUAAAAAAUAAAUAUUUGACUUUUUUAUAGUCAUCAAACACUUGGAUAAUGAUUUGGAGGAAUAUAUGAAAAAUUAAAAGGCAGUCAUAGCCAAUUGA